AUGUUAUAAACUAAAAUGUUGAUAUCAAUAGGAUGUGGAGAGCACGUCAAAGUGUUCGAAACAUAAGAAGUGGGUAAUAGGCUCUAUAACUAAAUUAUUGAGAAUUAGGCCAACCAUAUAAAAAUCUAAUUGACAAUAUAAAUAUUAACUAAAUUGGAAUUGUAAAAAUAAAUCGAAAUUUAUAUGAGUUAUAUUAAUGGGUAAUAAAUAGUAGAAUCAUAAUUUUUCCUUAAGUUCCUAUAUAUAAUUGGUCAGAGAUCUCUAGAAAAUCUACCUUUUUUCUAUGAAAUUAUAGGAAAUAAUAAUUACCUUUUAAAUUGGUUUCGGCCUCUUGUAACUCUUUUGUCUUUCUUAUUUGGUCAAUCAUAAAAUUCUAUAAUAUUCCUUUCCUUUGAAUAUUAAUCACAUCUACCUAUGAGUAUCUAAAGGCCCCCUCCUUUCAUGUGGUAAGAUAUUAAGUCGUUUUCAUGUGCGUAAUCAACUUUGUUUAAAUCCAAGUCUUUUUAUUUCGUGACAUCUUUAUUAAAAUCGGUGAAUUCAAAUUAUUUUCUAGAAAUUAAACAAAAUAAUCAUUAGUCAUCCAUCCUAUUCAUUUACAAUAUCCAAAAAAUCCAAUUUACAAAAAAAGGUUUUUUAUUAAUUAUUCUAUGUAGAGUCACCAAAGAUAUCAAGAAAUGUUUAAUAAGUGAAUAACACGACUCUUUUGACAUUCUUAUGUAGAAUAAUUAAGUCUCCUACAUUUUUAAUUUUGAUCUCUAUACUAAGUCUUUUCCAAAUAUUUAAGUUUAACUGCCAUUUGUACCUUAAGAAAAAAUAAGUCUUUAUUCUCAUAUAUAUGUUUAUGUUUUAAUAAUACGAUUAAGAAUUAAGGAAUUCAGGACCUAUGUUUUAUUGAAUAAUAUUAAAUAGUUUAAUUUUAUAAUUGAAAAUAGAAUUUAGAAUUUACUAUUAAAAAUCGUUAUACCAGAUAACAUUGUAAUAUCUUAAAAAAAGAGAAUAAUAUUCUUUGAAUUCAUUGGUAUCAAGAGGUUGUGCUGA